GGAAUUCGGUCUCUGCCCCGGCAGGCAGCUCCCUCCUGCUCCUGCCUCCCGCCCCAUGGGGCCAGCCUGCGAGCCGACAAACUUGUUGCAUGGAAAGAAGGGAGAGGGGGAAAUGCAAGCGCCGACACCUCGCAGCGUCCGGGAAAUCGUUCCCUAAAGCACACUCUCCCAGUGAAUUCGGAUGGACGAGGCUUUGCCAGCACAACCCGCAGCCAAGAGUGAGGCAGAAAGUCCUACAAUGGCUUCACUGAAUCGAGGUGGGAAAUGGAACUAAGCAAGCUUUGGGGUGAUCUCAUCUGCCACAAAUGACGCGCUUUCUGACUUUUGUAGACUGGCUAUGUGAUUACAAAUAGCACUCGGCAGAGAAGAGAGACUUCCUGGUGGUUUCUGCUGGAGAUGUACUCCCCUGCCACAGAGCUCACCUUCCUUCCCUGAAGCUUCCCAGCAUAACACACUUGCCAAAGCACACUGUUCAAAUACAUCUGACCUGCAAGCUCUUCUGGAAUUUCAAAAAGUUGCAAUAAAAAUACCAGAGAAGACGCCAAAUCACAGGAAUUUUUAACAUACCAUUAUAAUGGUAAGCUCUAAUUGUUCCACUGAGGACUCCUUUAAAUAUACUCUGUAUGGGUGUAUCUUUAGCAUGGUGUUUGUUCUUGGCCUCAUAGCGAACUGUGUAGCCAUCUACAUUUUCACUUGUACUUUGAAAGUGCGAAACGAGACUACAACUUACAUGCUUAAUUUAGCCAUAUCAGAUCUGCUUUUCGUGUUUACAUUACCCUUCAGGAUUUAUUACUUUGUAACCAGAAACUGGCCGUUUGGAGACAUUCUCUGCAAGAUUUCCGUCACCCUCUUUUACACGAAUAUGUACGGGAGCAUCUUGUUUCUGACUUGCAUCAGCGUGGAUCGCUUUCUAGCCAUAGUGCACCCCUUCCGAUCCAAGACCCUGCGGACCAAACGGAACGCCAAGAUUGUCUGCGCUGCAGUGUGGAUAACCGUGCUAGCAGGCAGCACACCAGCAAGCUUCUUCCAGUCCACAAACCGCCGCAACAACACGGAGCAAAGGACGUGCUUUGAAAACUUCUCAGAGGACACGUGGAAAACCUACCUGUCCCGGAUUGUUAUCUUCAUUGAAACGGUUGGGUUUUUCAUCCCGCUCAUCCUGAACGUGACCUGCUCCACCAUGGUCCUACGCACCCUGAAUAAACCGCUCACGCUAAGCCGGAAUAAAGUAAGCAAGAAAAAGAUACCAUUCAAAAUUCCAUAAAAAAGAACCGGUCCACCAGACCACGGGAUGUCAGAUUCUCUGAAAGGCCAGUUUCAGAAAGCUUCAUUCAACACAGCCUUCAGACCAUAAAAAUGAAAAUAUUUGACAGUGACUCUACAAUAUAAACUAUAUUAAAAGACUGUUGGGACUAAACUGGAAUUAGAAGCCUGCACAUUUUUUCAGCUGUGGACAUAUAUUCAUAUAUGUAAAGGCUGUGCUUCCUUCACAUCUGAAAAGUUUAUUACAAGGCUGUAAAAGUGUUAAGCAUAAUAGCACACAGAAAAAGUAUUUUAAAAAUCUGUGUCAAAGGUUUGUUCUGACAGAUUGUAUGUUAGAAAUGAACUUUUGAGUUUAGAGGUUAACCAAAGUCCAAGGGUUGUUUCUCAAGUCAAACACAAAUGAAAAAGUACGUUGUUUUCCUUCCUGAAAUUAAAACAGUUGCUCAAUUUAAUAAUGAUAUCAGUUUCCAAGUUGCUGAGGACGGGGGUGAAGCUACCUGCUCCACACUGCAGGAAAAUUGCCCCAUAUUGUCAUAUCACUUCAGCUACUGUGUCUUCCCCAGUUUCCUCUUGCCUCUCUCACUCCACUCCCCUAUCGUCUUUUUCCCUGCACUUUCCUACUUAGGGACCAUUAUCUUCACAGCAGGCUUCAAUCAGUGAGUCACAAGAACUUUGUUUCUCCCAGGUUUAUCUGAUAAAAAUACAUGCUCUCUCCACAAGCCUGGCCCUCAUAAAGCAAUUAUGUCUCCUGGUAGUUUAGAGCAUUUGGAAAUGUCUCAGACAAACUGGUUUUUCUUCUCACCUCUCUCUCUCACAAGCCUGUGUGAUUAAAACAAAGUAACUUGUGAUGACUGAAGUUAAUGCUCUGGGUACAGUACCACUUCAUUAAACUCUUUUGUGAAGAGUUCUUAAACUAAGCAUGACUUUUGAGGAAAAUAACAUCCUCUGAGUAAGUUAAUUUGAUCUCAAAGUACAGUUUCUUGGUAAAAUAAGACCUUUUCUUACUAGAAAUAUACAUGUGCAUCAAGUUGAUUAUUUCUUCCAGGAAACUAUUUGAUGUUCCAUAAAGAAAUUCAAGAUGCUGUAAUUUUGGAGUUCAACUUCCUCUCAAUUUUUGUGUCCUAAAAAUCAUUAGAACAUGAGCAUUUAAAAUUUCAAAUGCUACUUUCUUCAAACUUUAAAAAGUACAAAGUACUCGGGGCUACGUGCUGGAAAAAUUAAUCAAGACACUUGGAAAAGUCAGCAACACGUAAAAGGAGAAAUCUACAUAUAUUACUGUCACAAACAGGAAUACAUAGACAAAAUUGCUUUAAAACAUCCUUCUAUAUAUGUUUCCCAGCUACUAGAACACUGUGUACAUUUUCCUCGGAAUUAAUUUAACAUCACUGCAAAAUAAAAUAAAAUUUAAAAGGUAA